CCGCCUUGAAAGAGCCAUAGACUUUGGAUGAAGUCGAGACUCAAUAGGGUUACAUUGAUAUUGCCGGCAUUAUUCGCCAAGCCGCAUGUGCAGGAAGCCGCUAUGCUAAGCUUUCAGACAAGGAGAAAGGCUGAAGCAGCUGGAACCGGAUGACGAUUGUUCUGCUUCGGGCUCACCACUCACACACGCACACUGCCGCUCGCUAGUGUAGACUGGGGAAUUUUUAAACCCUCCCUUGGCCAAACCUCACCCAUCACAAAAGUACAAAAGUAUUCCGAGUCAAAUCGCCUCUCCCGAAAGUAUUUGUGCUUUCAUCGGACUAAAAACAAUGGCUGGCAAGACCUUCAUCGUCGAGCAUCUCGACCCCGAGCUGGGGCCCUGGUCAGAGCUCGAAUACCUGGCCAUCGCCUCCGAGACACAGGCCACGGGGGGCUCGUUCAUCUUGUCUAGCCUGCCGCCUACGUUCCAGGUUCCGGCAGACCUGGCCAGCAACCCGGCCUUCAAGGCGGAGAACCAAGGUGUGGAGGAGCUAUACGCCGGCCAGAAGUCGCGCGUGUGUCUCCUUGACCCGUCCGCGGCUAAGGAUUUGUCUCCCGAGGACGGCGAGACCUUUGAUGCUUUCCUAUUUGGGGGGAUUCUGGGCGAUGAUCCUCCUCGAGACCGGACCUCUGAGCUGAGGAAGAAGGGGUUUGAAGGCCGCAGGUUGGGGCCCAAGCAGAUGACGACUGAUACGGCUGUACGAGUAACGCGCAUUGUGGUGCAAGACAAGGUUGCACUAGACCAGGUGCCUUACGUGGACUUCCCGGAGCUCAAGUUCAAUGAACAUGAGAGCACUGAAAUGCCCUUCCGCUAUGUCAAGACGGAAGACGGAAAGCCAAUCAUGCCCAAGGGCAUGGUGGAGUUGAUCCAGAAAGACGCCGACAAGGCAGUGAAUGAUCUAUUCUAAACCGUAUGGAUUUUUCGGAUCUGGAAUGGUCCGUCGGGUACCAUCGCGACGUUGCGUCAGCAUCUGACCUAAGCUUCGAGCCGCGUUUCAGGAGUCGAUCAUACUGGUAUCCUCCGUCUUGGAACACAAGGGGGGGCAGAUGUCAAAAUUUGGGACGAAAGCUUGUUUUUCUUCUCCUGGUUCAUACUCGAAAAGAGAUUAGAUGAGCGACGGAUGUAACGAAGUACGUUGCCACAAGCUGAAUGAGUAUCAGCCAGUUUAAUCCACCAGCUCCUCAUUACCCCAUGAAUUUAACCGCGUAACAACGGCCAACUCUAAGUCACACCCUGUAAAUCCCCC